AAACUAAAAGCAAGUCACAUUACGGUAGCUCAACGUUACCUCACCUUUACAUAGAAAUCACAGAUAUAAAGAAAUUGUCGAUCUCUGAUUUAUAUAUUGAAAGCGAACUCGAUGAUAUUACUACGUCAGCAAAGGAAAACUCGUUUUCGUUAAGAGAUCUGUAUUCCAUUAGACAAGUCACCGCUACAUAUAAUCUUUUCAAACGAAUUGUUGCUUCGUUUUGUCCUUCGAUUUAUAGACACGAACUAGUUAAAGCCGGAAUAUUGCUUUCGUUGUUUGGAAAAAAUGAUAACGGGGCAAUUCACAUUCUUAUAGUCGGUGAUCCGGGAUCAGAUAAAACAGAAUUACUUUCAGCAACUAGCUCCAUAUCACCAAACACAGUAUUUACACCAACAAAUCGAGGCGAUGAAUCUUCAAUUUUACCUACUUUACAAUACGACAGAUAUUUCAAAGAAUGGACCCUCAAAGCUGGUUCUUUGGCAUUGAGUAAUGAAGGGAUUUGUCGAAUUGAUGACUUUGAAAAAUGUGGCAGAUUCAAUGCUCUUGCCGAAGCUAUAACUAGAAAAUCAUAUCCAAUUGGAAAGUAUGGAAUUAAAUGUUCGCUCAAAACUCAAACGAGUAUAAU